AUGGAUUCUCCGCCAGCGCCAGUGAAGCCUCCGAGAGGAGUAAAGUAUACCAAAGAAACGAGUGGUUGCGGGCUGUUGGUAUCCGUGAUCAAAACUCUCGAUGCCAGUGAAACGAACGAGCAGCGCGAGCGAGAGAAGCUCAAGAUCGAGCGCGAGUUCCGGAAGACCGAUCUGCGGCUGAACGAGCUCGUGUCACGGAGCGAUGGCGACCUUACGCGGGUCAUGCAACUGUUUGGCAAGGUGUCAACGGAGAUCACGGCGUCCCGGGAGCGCAUCCACAUCGUUAAGGAGAACCUACAGUCGUGCAAGCAGCUCUUGCGCUGUCGACGCGAAGAACUCCGGAAGCUGUACACCGACGCCAUCCAGCAUAAGUACGUGCUGGAGAUGCUGGACCAGAUCACCGAGGUGCGGAAGGUCCCGGCGCAGCUGGUCGGUUUCCUGGCGAAGAAACACUACCUACACGCCACCAAGCUGCUGAUGGCCUCGAUCGAAACGACCGACGGGCGGCUGAAGGGUGUCGAAGGGUUGAACGAUCUGCGGCAGGACUUUCAGAACCGACGCCAGCAGCUGUACGGGAAGCUGCUCGAAGAGCUCAACAAACACCUGUACGUGUCGAGCACGGCCGACGUGCUUCAAAACUUCCAGCGACAGUCCUCCGGGCGCAACAGCAGCAGUCAGUACGGGGCCGGUGUGUCGCCCUUUCAGCGAAACGUACUGCGCCGAUCGGCCGAACGGGUCGAGGCGAACACGAAAGCCCGCAAAGCACUGUUUGAGAUCUCCAAAAACGGCUUCCUGGAUGUGGACAAAAGUGAAAUCAUCGAAGAUACGGACCUUCUCGAUCCGGAUGUCAAUUCGUCCUACUUUUUGAGUAUUAUCGUUGAAUGCUUUGCAUUGCUACAGAAAGUGCCUGAAUCGAUUGAGUCAAUCAAAGUACAAAUGCAGAGCGAACUUCUGGCGAUCGUCACUAAAUCCACGCACACGCCCGGUGGCACGACGGCCACCGAUUCGUCACAAGCGCCACCGGCCCAACCUGUACCGAUACUCGAGCUGCUCGAGCUGACCUUCCGCCAGUUCAAGCUGAUUGCCGACGCGCACCAGCAGGCCCUGCGUAACUAUGGCUACGUCAUACAUCGAUACAACAUUCCGCAAGUGAAGCCUUACGAUAUAAUCGAGUACUGGGGUCAGGCACAAGCCGUCCUGAAGCUGGUGCUGACCGACUAUCUGGACAUACAGAAUGACAGCAGCGACGAGGCGCUUCUCAUGCGCGGCCAGUUCACCGAGCAGACCACCAACGUGAACGCGUUCUUCAGCCGACGCAAGACGCCGGGGAAGAAGCUCCUCUUUCGCUUCGACAAGUCAUCACACACGGCCGACGGUAGCGGUGGUGGCAACGGUGGCCAGCUGCUUCCAAACUCGUCCUCUGUCCCGGCCGAGGGAAGCACGCAACCGAAGGAACAUCGGCGCAACCUGUCGAACGUCUCAAACAGCACGCCAAAGGAGGACGUCGGUCUGAACAGUUCGUCCGCCAGCGGAACGUCAGCACAUCUGCUGAACAGCAGCUUCCAUCAGCAGUCGCACUAUUUCGGUGUUAAGGACGCCGCUGCGGAGCGUAAAAAGCGCGAGCGGGCCCUCGUCUGUCCGCCAGAUGCAUCGCUGGUCCGCCAGAUCUACCUUCCGCUCAUGGGCUACAUUCAGGAGAUCGAAACGUUCAUGAAGUGUAAAUCGGGCCAACCGUGCAGUUUGAACAGCUUCCUGGCGAACUACGUCAAGGACGCGUAUCUGGCCCGGGGUCACAACCGCAAUCUGCAGCUGACGAUCGAAUCGCUCUCGAAAGCACAGGACGCCUGGCGAACGAUCAUCACCCCGGAGGAGAUCAAGCGUCUCGGGCUCUCGCGGCCAUUACUGCAAAACACUGUCAUCGUGGAAACUCGAAUUGCGGAAACGAAGAAACUGAUUCAAGAUCUUCCCACCUACUCGGACGAGCUGCUCAAGAUGGUCUGUUCGUUGCUGAAGACGUACCGUGAAACGUGCCAGGCCGCCUACCGAGGAAUCGUGCAGCCGGAAACGGAGGACAAACGGAUCUACAGCGUCGCCUGGCUGAAAGACGAUGAUAUUACGCGGUUUUUAAAAUCGCUACCGAAUUGGACCGAUCUGAAGAUAUCCAGUGCCCGGUUGCGGAAGCGACUCAUCAAAGCGGAACCAUCGGAGGAAGAAAGUCCCACUCAGGUCCAGCAGCGGAACGUGCGCGAGGCGGAAAUGCUGACGAGCAAUCUGGGCGAAGGUGGCAUUUCGCAGCAGGAAAUCCUAUCCGACGUCGGAGUGUUGAAGGAGCUUGCGAUCCUGCAGGAAAGCAUGGAAUGGUUCGCCGGACGCAUCACGGAGUUUGCACUCGAACUAAAGAAACCGAUCGUCAAUGGGCUUGUUUCGGGUGGUUCUGCUAGCGGUAGUCCAUCUGCUGCUCCGGUGAUCGUAAAGGAUGGCAUGAUUAAGGUGCUGAUCAAUUUGGCGCUCGAGUUUGAGGAUCUCGCCAACACCUGCCUGUUGGUGUUGCACCUGGAGGUGCGUGUCCAGUGUUUCCACUAUCUGCGGUCUAGCCCGUCCGAUCGGUACAAGGCGAACAACCCGAACAAAAACGAUUCACUCGAACCGGACGCGAAGGUGCUGAAGCUGACGAAGGUACUGUCCGACAUGGACGAGGCCCUCAGCUCAACGCUGCAUCCGAGGAAGACGAAGUAUGUAUUUGAAGGAUUAGCCCACCUGGCAGCCCGCAUACUCAUCAUGGCGGCCAACUCGAUGGAAUAUAUCGACCAUUCGGGCGUCCAGCGGAUGUGUCGAAACGCGCUCGCUCUGCAGCAAACUCUCAGCAGUAUCACGGCCUCACGCGAAGUAGCGCUUGACUAUGCUCGGUCUUUCUACGAAAUGUUCUACCUAGAUCCGGAAGAAAUUCUCACCUCGAUCGUCGAGAAAGGGGCACAGUUUACGGAAAUGCAGUAUCUGAACGCGCUGCAGCUGAUCUUCCGCAACCGAGGCAUCAUGGACCCGGCCCUCGUUGGCACGUACCAACAGAAGCUGUCCGAUCUGCUCGGCACGAAACCGGCCCUCGGUGUGACCGUCUAACGUCUGCUUGGUGCAUUUGCAUUCCAGUUCAGGAUCAUCGUCAUCAUCUAAAAACCACAGAUCGAAAAUGGUGCCCGAGGAGCUGGAGUAGGAAUAGAAAUAUUACAGAAACAGUUACUGCCAGCUGCGGAAGCUGUAUAUUAUCGUUGUUUAGUAGUAUCAAUUAGAGUAGCGGGACGUCGUAGCGAUGCGUGUUAACUCACUAGAACACGGCAAACGGCAAGAUUGUUGAGCGUUUGUUGGGCCUCUAAAGCAUCUAAACAGACUAAAACCGUGCAGGGGUUUGGCCGUGGAUAGCCAGUGGAUAUUAUGUGAAUAAAUUGCGCCUUAUGAUCCUUACAGGGGAGAAAAAAGAAAAGAUUUAGAAAACGAAUUUAGAGGAACAAAAAUUGCAAGACCCCUUUCUACGCCCGACCCGGCCCAAAGAGCAACCGCUUUACGAUGUAUAGUUCUUGUUUGAGUGAGGCAACAACCGAGACGAGCGGCGUCCACGGGCAACUGAUGCAGAAAAGCGAUGUUUAACGAUAAAAUUACUGAACGCUAUUCAGCCCUAGUCCUGGUUUUAGUUUGUUCUAUCGCCAGCGAGUAGAAGAGUAUAUCAGCCGAGUGCAGCUAGAACCCCCGAUGGUAUGCACUCGUUUUGUUUAAAAUUGUACUUCACGGGUCAUAAGAGUAUUCCAAAAAAAAAUCGGUUCAUUAAAUUAUUUUAACCUUUACGUAAACCCCAAACUAACCGCAAUCCGCAGAGGAUUGAAAACAUAAUAAUCAAACCUUACGAAUAGGAGCUGUUAUUUGGCCUGAAAUGCUUCGUUUUUUCCCCUCCCAGCAAGAAGAUACGCUGUCAUGCCGUUUGGCCACGCCGCGGGAGCGGGCGCAGUAAAUCCUAAUCCGUGAUUGCUCAACCGCGGUCACCGCUGUUAAUUGAUACGCUUGCUAUUGAUGUGGAAGUUGUGUAGUGCGAAGUUUGUUAACAAUAUCCAACAUACACUGCGAGCCCACCGAGGUGGCGUGGUGUGAAGUGGCCGAAUA